AUGAUAGGUUUGGCAACAGUAACCAUUGGUGUAGCUGCUUCAAUCUUACGAGGAGGACGUACAACAUACUCGAGGUUUGAGAUCCCUCUUCAAACAAGUGAAUCAACUAUGACAAACAUGUCAAAGCAAAGUGAUGCUGCCAAAUUGAUUAGAAAAGCAAAACUGAUUAUAUGGGAUGAAGCACCAAUGGCGAGACGACAAACAAUAGAAACAGUCGACAAGAGCUUCAGAGACAUAAUGGACAUCGAUAAACCAUUUGGUGGAAAAGUCAUGGUUUUUGGAGGAGAUUUUCUGCAAGUGUUACCAGUAGUUCCAAAAUCAACUCGAGCAGAAAUUGUAAAUGCAAGUGAGUUCUUACUUCGAUUGGGUAACGGUGAUGAACCAACAAUAAGAGAAAAUUUAAUCCUCCUCCCAGAACAAUUAACAAUCAAACAUUCUCAAGAUGAAAUUCCAGAAGAACCCAUAAUAAAAGAGAUAUUUCAAAGCCUGCAAGAAAAUGCUGCUACAGCAAAAUACGUCAAUGAAAGAGCUAUUUUAGCAAGCAGAAAUGACCAUGUGGAUAAAAUUAACGACAAGUUAAUAUCUCAGUUUCCAGGGGAAAGCAAGAUAUUCAAUAGUUUUGACUCGGCAGAAGAUGACACCAACAACUAUUACCAAGAAGAAUAUCUAAAUAUUUUAACACCAAACGGUCUCCCACCACAUAGGUAUUGA